AUGCGGAGUUCAGAACAGCCCGGACAGGGUAGACUUCGGUUCCCGAGCCCGUUUUUGCGCCGCGAUCCGCCGCGCUGCUCUGGGAAGCCGCCUUUGCGCGGUGCGCGCUGGAUGGGUGUCUGGACCCGACCCGCUGUACGUGGAACUCCCCAGGCUGAGGAUUUAAAGGCUAGAGCUGGCAGCAGGUCACCACGUCCCCUAUUUUCUCUGACCCCUUUUAUUCGCUGCCAACAAGGGGCAAAGUGCGCAGAGUUGGCCCGGGGUGGGAGACCCGCAUGGGCGGGAGAGGGGAGGAGACAGAGGGCCAAGGCGUGCUGCAAGCAGGAGACGCGAAAACAGGAUGCUGCAGACACACCGCGGCUUUGCCGCGGCAGCCCCUGCCCCUGCCCCUGCCUCUGCCCCUGGGGAAAUGCUAAUGAUUAUGCAGACUCUGCCGCGUCAUUGGCCGAAGGGAAUUUGGUGCCACCACGUCCUGCCGUUGCCAUUGGCUCGGCGCAAUCUGCUGUUCCCUCUGCCGCGAGCUCUCGCUCCCCUCCCCUCCCUUUCCCCAGCUCGGCUUCUCUUCCACCGGCCGCUGGACCUCUGCCCGGCACCUCGCGGCCUUGGAGGCGCUUGGGAGCGUUCUCUCUGGAAGAGGGAGAGGUCCCGAUCCGGGAGUGGGGGGUGGGUACCAGCCCGGAGCUUGGCCCCGGGGCACUUCGCGGGUGGAUGGGGAUUGGGGAAGUUUCACUGCAAACAGUAGGGAAGCCGCGGGGGCGACCACGGCGCACAGCUCUAUCCUGUCUCCUGAGACGCGUGGGAAGGGGGGACAUGCCUCUCAACCUGCGGUCAGAAGCAAAGGCGCCCGCCACGCGACGCCAACUAGACCAGCUGAAUUCCCGCGGCUGCGGGCGGGCGGGCGGCAGCGCACACACACGAAGAUACACAGAUGUGUGGACCUGCACGCGCGCUCGGACUUCAGCUGCUAGGCAUGCCCAGCAGGGGGUGUCGUUCUCCGCCGGCCCCAGUGCGUGAUCCCCUCGCGAUGCCCGCGCCUGCGGAACGUGAGCGGGAUGUUUUGGAGACUCCUGAGAUUGUCAGGUUGGGAUUUUGGAAUCCCUUCCAUGGAAAAAGGCAGGAAGCACUUGCUUUCAUCUGGAAGCAAGCGAAAGGCUUUGU